CUUUGCGCAUGCGCGUUGCCGGUGUGGCCAACAUGGCGACCUUCGUGGACAUCCUUAGGAACGAGUUUCCGCAGCUGGAUUCCGAGCUCUUGCAAUACGUGACGGAUGUCCUAGACAGUGGACGCUCAGAUUUUGAAUCAGAGGACGACUUGUUUGAAGCUGUGGGGGAGCUGUUGCAGGAUGUGUCUGGAGAUACAAAGGAUGAUGAGGACAUCAGGGACAUCUGCAAUAGGAUGUACAGCACCAUGCGUAUGGAGAACAACCAUGUCCCGUCACAGGCUCAGGUGCUACUACAGGCUCCGAUCCAGCUCUCUCAGCUUUCUGAGAAUUAUGAUGUUGAUACUAAGGUCGUGAAUGUGUUGCUGAUGAAGAAGGAUCAGUCUUCGAUAAUUGAUAGUAAGAAGUUGGUGAAAGCUGAAGCCAAACUGAAGGCCAAGCAAGAGAAACGGUCUGAGCGGGAUUCACAGAAAAUAGGUGGAGCACUGGUUCUGGAGGAGGCCUCAGCCAGUCAGGCUUCUAAUAAAAAGGAGAAUCGUAUUGAAUCCAGUGGCAAGAACAAAUCCUAUGACAUCCGUAUUGAAAACUUUGAUGUUUCAUUUGGAGAGAGGGUAUUGCUUACAGGUGCAGAGUUGCACUUGGCUGCUGGCCGUCGGUAUGGCUUGGUAGGUCGAAACGGCCUGGGUAAGACCACCUUACUGAAAAUGUUGGCAAGUCGUAGUCUUCGUGUUCCCUCUCACAUAAGCAUUCUGCACGUGGAACAAGAAGUUGCCGGUGAUGACACCCCAGCCUUGCAGAGCGUGCUAGAGUGUGACACCCUCCGAGAGAAUCUGCUAAAGGAGGAGAAGGAACUAAACGCCAGAAUCAGCGCGGGCAGGGGUGAUGGCUCAGAGAGUGCACGUCUAACUGAGAUCUAUGGUAAACUGGAAGAGAUUGAGGCAGACAAAGCCCCAGCCAGAGCUUCUGUGAUCCUGGCUGGUUUGGGAUUCAAGCAUACAAUGCAGCACCAACUGACCAAGGAGUUCUCUGGUGGGUGGCGCAUGAGGUUAGCUUUGGCUCGGGCCCUCUUCGCCAGGCCAGAUCUCUUGUUACUGGAUGAACCUACAAACAUGUUGGAUGUCAGAGCCAUUCUGUGGUUAGAGAAUUACCUGCAGACUUGGCCGUCCACCAUCCUCGUGGUAUCCCACGACAGGAACUUUCUAAAUGCAGUGGCCACCGAUAUAGUACACCUGCACAGCCAACGACUAGAAGGCUAUCGAGGUAACUUUGAGAGCUUUAUUAAAACCAAGGAAGAACGUCUCAAGAAUCAGCAACGAGAGUAUGAGGCACAGAGUCAAUAUCGUGAACACAUACAGGUUUUCAUUGAUCGGUUCAGAUAUAAUGCAAAUCGUGCAUCUCAAGUGCAAAGUAAACUCAAACUGCUGGAAAAAUUACCAGAAUUGAAGGCAGUAGACAAAGAAGCAGAAGUAAUAUUAAGGUUCCCUGAUGGGUUUGAGAAGUUUUCUCCUCCAAUACUACAGCUGGAUGAGAUUGAUUUUUGGUAUUCUCUAAAUCAUCCGAUUUUUAAGAAUCUCUCUGUAUCUGCAGACCUGGAUUCAAGAAUAUGUGUGGUUGGUGAGAACGGAGCUGGAAAAUCCACAAUGUUAAAACUGCUGAUGGGUGAAAUAUCACCUGUGGAGGGAGUUAGAAACGCGCAUAGGAACCUUAAGAUUGGCUAUUUCAGUCAGCAUCAUGUGGACCAGCUGGAUCUGAACAUUAGUGCUGUGGAACUUCUUGCAAAACGUUUUCCAGGUAAAACAGAAGAGGAGUAUCGUCAUCAGUUGGGUAGUUAUGGGAUUUCAGGAGAACUGGCUGUUCGAACAGUGGCUAGUUUAUCUGGAGGCCAAAAAAGUCGUGUGGCUUUUGCUCAGAUGACCAUGCCCUGUCCCAACUUUUACAUUCUGGAUGAACCGACAAAUCACUUGGACAUGGAAACCAUUGAAGCUUUGGGGCGAGCAUUGAACAAAUUCAAGGGAGGGGUAAUUCUGGUAUCCCACGACGAACGUUUUAUUCGAUUAGUGUGUAAGGAGUUGUGGGUGUGUGAAAAUGGAACUGUCACACGUAUUGAUGGUGGGUUUGAUGAAUACCGAGACAUCCUGCAGGAGCAGUUCCGUAGGGAAGGAUUCUUAUAGUGUGUUCACUGUGGGCCUGGAGUUGCCCCUACUCGCCUCUCUAGCUCUGUAUGUUCCCUCUACAUACUGACUGUCAGGUCUGGGGUAGUGAGACGCCUGCACCUGGAACAAAGUUAGAAACUGAAGAACUGAAAUGCACUCUAUCUGAGCAGAAUAUUGAGGAAGAUGUAAAGGGACAGUUAUUCAAAUGAUCGAGGGAUGCUUAUAUGUGAACAGACUCUGUGAGGCUCAGCACUUGCUUAGGACUGCCAUGAAAAGCAAUCAUGAUACUCUCUGCUUAGGAAAUAUGCACAUGGUUUUUGCUUACUAAAUUGUGUACAGAGAGCUGAGGUCAAAUAAACCAAUGCUCUGUACUUAUUUUCAAACCCCAUGACACUUUAAUUGUGCACAGCAAAUUGGAACAAAUCUUUAAGAGACAAAACAAAGCACAAUGCAAUCUGCUUCUGUCCCAGAGACGUUAAAAUCUGGUGGAUUGGAGAGUUACUUAUUUUUUAUCUCUAACUCAUUUUUAAUACCUGACCUUCAAAACAAAAGAGCUUUGUGUUCCAAAUGAGUUUAUCUAAUUAUUUAUGAAAAGGUAUGCAAUAUUACAUUAUGAUGUAUUGUUGUGAAAUUGGGAUCUACCUUCUUGAGGGAGUAGUGCAGUUUUAUAUAGGAGUAUGGGCCUUGCAUUAUUUAAUUGAUGAGCUCAAGAUGAGGUUCACGUUCUUUGUUAUAGGUCAGUAAAUUAUUCAGAUUAGUUGUUAAUCUGCAUUAUACACCAAAUUAAUCUGGAACUCUUAAAAACCUGUGGAGCAGAAUUCCAUAUUUGUUGGCUGUCCUCACUCAGUGCUUUACAUUGUUGCUCCCUAUUUAAGUUAUUGUCGGAAGAUGUGAAACUAACAAGAUGUAAAUAAAGAUCGGAAUCCUU